GCAAGUGAAGCCUGCCGCCUCGCCUCCACACCACCAAAGCCCUAACUAAGCCUCAGCCCGCACCGGCCGCCGACGUCGCUCGCCGCCAUGGCCGGCACCGUCGAACAGCCCCAGCACGGCGUCCCCGGCGGCUCCCGGCGCGUCUACACGCCGCGCCAGCCGGAGGGCCUCAACCUCCUGUCGGCCCGCGUGCUGUACGACCUGCCGACCUCGCCGGAGUGCCUCUUCGAGCCCCGCCAGGGCCGCUCCUGGGGCGACAGCCUCUGCUUCUACGCCGGCUGCGCUUUCCUCUCCGGCGCGGCGGCGGGGACCGUCGCGGGGUUCAGGCGCGCGGCGAAGGAGGCGGAGCGUGGGGAGUCGCUCAAGCUCCGCACCAGCCGCGUGCUCAACCAGUGCGGCUCCGUGGGGCGCCAGUACGGCAACCGUGCCGGCGUCAUCGCGGUGCUCUUCGCGUCGGUGGAGAGCGGCGUUGGUUGGCUCCGCGACAAGGACGACUGGCGCAACACCGUCGCCGCGGGGCUCGGAACCGGCCUGCUCUACCGUGCGCCUUCGGGCCCGCGAUCCGCGAUCGUCGGCGCCGUGCUCGGGGGUCUCAUGGCUGGUGCCGCCGUCGCAGGGAAGCAUGAGCUCGAGAGGUACGACUCUCCUAUGGCCGUCUAAAUCGCAAGACUCAUUUAGCAAGUGUCGAUGAUCAACUGGGAUGGUGGGAGCUGUAGUAUUUUGGCCAAGUCCUUAUAUCAGUUGUGUGUAUGAGUGUUAUCUGGAUUAACAAGCUUUAUUGGUGAUGCUUAGAGCGCUGGUGUGCACUCUAUCGAAUUAGCUCAACGUGAAAAUGUCUAAAAGUUAUCUCCUUUUUAUCUGAAUCUUUGAACUCAA